AGAGAACACGUGAAAAGGGAUUGGAAACCUUAUGUGUGUAUCGCUGAGGACUGUGCCAAGCUUCAUCCAGUUCCCAGCUUUGCGGGAUCUAGACAGUGGGAAAGGCACAUGAGGAAGACACAUUCAGCAAGGUGGUCCCGAACAAUAUACAAGCAGCCAACAUGGAUCUGUGACAUCGAUUCCAAACCCCCGGCCGGACAUAUAAAAACUCUUCGCUUUGCCACGGAAUUGGAAUUUUUGGAGCACAUCCAAGAGUCUCACGGGCCUUUCACUUCUCAACAACUGCAGACCAUGGCCCAUCAGAGUAUAGUCUUUCUCAACCGAGCUGAAGAUAUCUGUCCGUUCUGUUGUUUUCUAAUCGAAGACGAUAGCAGC